AUGAAGUAUGUCGCAGAGUUUGGCGGCUCCAUCGCUCUAGGUGUAAGCCAGAUCUUGUCCUCUCAAGCGCUAGAUGGUGAAGCUUUCAAAGGAGAGGCAAUGAAACCAUGCACACUACAUCCCGUGCCUGAGUAUCAUGCUCCUUUCCAGACCAUCCAUGGCGACCUCGGAAACACGCGCACCAGAGACUGCGACGCGCCCUUGGGCGUGAACACGACUGUUGACUCGUGGAACAUACCGUCCUUUGGUCCGAUUUUCUGGGACGACAAAGGGCGAGUCACUACGACGAUUGUCCUCGAAGGUGGUGUUGCGUACCUAGCGGCUCUUGAUCCAGAUACUUAUGAGAUCUUGACUACCUACCCGUCACUGAAUGAAACAUCCAAUGUGAGGCUAUCCUCCGUUAUUUACACCCAAGUGCUUGGCAAUCGUAUCAUCUUCCCGGACAAUGAUCAGCACAUUCUGGAAAUGGAACGCAUCGACACUGAGGAUACCACAAGUUUUGUCAAAACCCGGGACACCAGCCUCUCUGGCCAUAUUGAGGAAAAUUCCAAGCUUAUUGGCGUUACCCACGACUCGGUUGGAAAUGUGUGGUUUGCAACCGGGGGCAUCACGACUUUGCACGCUGCGACCGCCCUCUCUGCCACUGUUGGGUAUAUAGAGCCGGACGGCACAAUCCACGCUACUAAGCUCGAAAACGCUCAAAUAGAAAACAGCUUCGCUGUCAGUGGAAAGAGGGUGUUUUUGGUAACUGGGCCGGCGGGUUCAACUGAUACACCGGACGCCAAGGGGCAUCUUUAUGCUCUAGAGGCCGGCCCAAAUGGAGUAAAAAUUGUCUUCACGGCUCCGUACGACGCCGGAAGUGGCAUCAAAAAGGGUGCACUCUCCCGUGGAUCAGGAGCAUCACCUUCAUUACUGGGUCACAAAUAUGUGGCUGUUACCGACAACGCCGACGACCAAAUCCGUAUCAAUAUUUUCAAGCAACACCCUGACAAGACCGAAGAUGUCAAACCUAUUUGCAGGGUCCCCAUAUUCGAGGCUGGAGAGGGCGCGGUCGAAAAUGCAAUGGUUUCUCAUUGGGAUGGGGCGUCUACAUACAGUGUGAUUGCAAACAAUUUCUUCAACGCUCCAGCUGCCUUUCAACUAUUUACUGGUCGCAACUGGCCGCUUGACGACUCGCUUCUUAAUGCCCCGUUCAACAAUCUCACGCAACUCGCUCCUGGAAUGGUCAGGGUGGAUCUGGAUGAAGAAACAAUGUCUUGCACAACACGCUGGUACAACAAGGAUAUCCGGACUCACCUGUCACCAAUUCUAUCCACGCGUACUGGCUUGCUGUACGUGAGCACCCAGGAUUUUGAUCUUGCUGUGAAGGGCAGUUAUCAAUAUUACCUUGCGGCAUUUGACUUCCAAUCUGGCAAGGAAGUUUGGAGGGUCAGAAAAGGUGCUGGUGGUUCAUUCCUUGCAACUUUACCACCAGUGUUGACGAGCGAUGGAGGUGUUGGUCAAUGUGUGGUCAGAGGAUUUGUGAAGACUAGAGAUAGCCGUGUGAGCCAAGUAGAGAGUCCUUAG